AUGUCCUUCGGGAGAUUAUGUAGGUUUUCAGUCGUCAAGCUCUUCCUGAGAGUUAAUAGUCCGACAGACUUAAUCCUUAGGCCGUUAGGAACAAAUGCUUCAACGGAACAAGCCAUAUAUCAAUCACAAGUGCGGUCAGUUCCAAAUACAAAAAGAGAAUAUCUAGAAAACUUGUUACUUCAGCAACCACUUUCUUCUCCUGAUGCUCGCGUUCUAAAGGUUGCCGUGAUAGGCUGUCCAAAUAGUGGAAAGUCCAGUUUGGUAAAUAUGCUUACCAAGUGGAAAGUUUGCGCGGUGUCUGGAAAAGCCCACACAACUCGGUCGAAACAGACAGCUACGUAUUUUCAAGAUAAUGUCCAAUUGGUAAGCCUGUGUGUAUACAGAGGUUUGUAA